CUCGCCUCCUCUCCUUUCCCCUCCCCGACCGCCCUCAGUGCGCUCCCUCCUCACGCCGGGAGCGGGCUCCCGCUUGGCGCCGCCGCUCGGCGGGCCACUCCUUUUCGCCCCAAGCGUGCGGGGCGCUCCCGCGAGCCUCGCGGAUGCUGCUGCUAGGGGUGGUGGGAGCAGCCGUGGGACGUGUGGCCGGGAGAGGGGGUGACAGCCUGGGAUUCCGGGGGCUUCUCUUCCUUGUCCUCCUCUCCUCUCUAUUCCCAGUGUGGCCGCGGCUGACACUAAAGACUUUGUAGCCAUCAACCCAAGUGCAGUUUCGAUGGAAAAUGAAGGUAUGGAAGAGAAAUAUGAUUUAUGAUUGUGAUUUGGGAUUGUGUUUUGUCAAAUGAGGAAUAUUUGAGUGCUUGUCUACACUGGAGCCUGAUUAUGUUCUGGAACUUCAGUUCGGUGUGGAAGGUUGCACGUUUUCAAAAAAUUCCUAAUGCUGAAAAUGAGACAAUGAUUCCUGUAUUGACAUCAAAAAAAGCAAGCGAAUUACCAGUCAGUGAAGUUGCAAGCAUUCUCCAAGCUGAUCUUCAGAAUGGUCUAAACAAAUGUGAAGUAAGUCAUAGGCGAGCCUUCCAUGGCUGGAAUGAGUUUGAUAUCAGUGAAGAUGAGCCACUAUGGAAGAAAUAUAUUUCUCAGUUUAAAAAUCCCCUUAUUAUGCUGCUUCUGGCCUCUGCAGUCAUCAGUGUUUUAAUGCAUCAGUUUGAUGAUGCUGUCAGUAUCACUGUGGCAAUACUUAUUGUCGUCACAGUUGCCUUUGUUCAGGAAUAUCGUUCAGAAAAAUCUCUUGAAGAACUGAGUAAACUUAUGCCACCAGAAUGCCAUUGUGUACGUGAAGGAAAAUUGGAACAUACACUAGCUCGAGACUUGGUUCCAGGUGAUACAGUUUACCUUUCUGUUGGAGACAGAGUUCCUGCUGAUUUACGCUUAUUUGAGGCUGUGGAUCUUUCCAUUGAUGAAUCCAGCUUGACAGGAGAGACAACACCUUGUUCUAAGGUGACCGCUCCUCAGCCAGCUGCAACUAAUGGAGAUCUUGCAUCAAGAAGUAACAUUGCUUUCAUGGGAACACUGGUCAGAUGUGGCAAAGCAAAGGGUAUUGUCAUUGGAACAGGAGAAAAUUCUGAAUUUGGAGAGGUUUUUAAGAUGAUGCAAGCAGAAGAAGCACCAAAAACCCCUCUGCAGAAGAGCAUGGACCUUCUAGGAAAACAGCUUUCCUUUUACUCCUUUGGUAUAAUAGGUAUCAUCAUGUUGGUUGGCUGGUUACUAGGAAAAGAUAUCCUGGAAAUGUUUACUAUUAGUGUAAGUUUGGCUGUGGCAGCAAUUCCUGAAGGUCUUCCCAUUGUGGUCACAGUGACUCUAGCCCUUGGUGUUAUGAGAAUGGUGAAGAAAAGGGCCAUUGUGAAAAAACUGCCUAUUGUUGAAACUCUGGGCUGCUGUAAUGUGAUUUGUUCAGAUAAAACUGGAACACUGACAAAGAAUGAAAUGACUGUUACUCACAUAUUUACUUCGGAUGGUCUGCAUGCUGAGGUUACUGGUGUUGGCUACAAUCCAUUUGGGGAAGUGAUUGUUGAUGGUGAUGUUGUUCAUGGAUUCUAUAACCCAGCUGUUAGCAGAAUUGUUGAGGCGGGUUGUGUAUGCAAUGAUGCUGUAAUUAGAAACAACACUCUAAUGGGGAAGCCAACGGAAGGAGCCUUAAUUGCUCUUGCAAUGAAGAUGGGUCUUGAUGGACUUCAACAGGACUAUGUCAGAAAAGCUGAAUAUCCUUUUAGCUCUGAGCAAAAAUGGAUGGCUGUUAAGUGUGUACAUCGAACACAGCAGGAUGGACCAGAGAUUUGUUUUAUGAAAGGGGCUUAUGAACAAGUGAUAAAGUAUUGUACUACAUACUACAGCAAAGGGCAAACCUUGGCACUUACCCAGCAGCAGAGAGAUCUGUACCAACAAGAGAAGGCACGAAUGGGCUCUGCAGGGCUCAGAGUUCUUGCUUUAGCUUCUGGUCCUGAACUGGGACAGCUGACCUUUCUUGGCCUGGUGGGAAUCAUUGAUCCUCCUAGAACUGGUGUGAAAGAAGCUGUUACUACACUCAUUGCCUCAGGAGUAUCGAUAAAAAUGAUUACUGGAGACUCACAGGAGACUGCAGUUGCAAUUGCUAGUCGUCUGGGAUUGUAUUCCAAAACUUCCCAGUCAGUCUCAGGAGAAGAAAUAGAUGCAAUGGAUGUCCAGCAGCUUUCACAAAUUGUACCAAAGGUAGCGGUGUUUUACAGAGCUAGUCCGAGGCACAAGAUGAAAAUUAUUAAGUCUCUACAAAAGAAUGGGUCGGUUGUAGCCAUGACAGGAGAUGGAGUCAAUGAUGCAGUUGCUCUGAAGGCUGCAGACAUUGGAGUUGCAAUGGGUCAGACUGGCACAGAUGUUUGCAAAGAGGCAGCAGACAUGAUCCUUGUGGACGAUGAUUUCCAAACCAUAAUGUCUGCAAUUGAAGAGGGUAAAGGGAUUUAUAAUAACAUUAAAAAUUUUGUUAGAUUCCAACUGAGCACGAGUAUAGCAGCAUUAACUUUAAUCUCAUUGGCUACAUUAAUGAACUUUCCUAAUCCUCUCAAUGCCAUGCAAAUUUUGUGGAUCAAUAUAAUUAUGGAUGGACCUCCUGCUCAGAGCCUUGGAGUAGAGCCAGUGGAUAAAGAUGUCAUUCGUAAACCUCCACGCAACUGGAAGGACAGCAUUUUGACCAGAAAUCUGAUACUUAAAAUACUUGUUUCAUCAAUAAUCAUUGUUUGUGGGACUUUGUUUGUCUUCUGGCGGGAGCUACGAGACAAUGUGAUAACACCUCGAGACACGACAAUGACCUUCACAUGCUUUGUGUUUUUUGAUAUGUUCAAUGCACUAAGUUCCAGAUCCCAGACCAAGUCUGUAUUUGAGAUUGGACUCUGCAGUAAUAAAAUGUUUUGCUACGCAGUUCUUGGAUCCAUCAUGGGACAGUUAUUAGUUAUUUACUUUCCUCCACUUCAGAAAGUUUUUCAGACCGAGAGCCUAAGUAUUCUGGAUUUGCUGUUUCUUGUGGGUCUUACCUCUUCAGUGUGUGUAGUAGCAGAAAUUAUAAAGAAGGUUGAGAGGAGCAGGGAAAAGAUCCAGAAGCAUGUUAGUUCGACAUCGUCGUCUUUUCUUGAAGUCUGGUUCCGGGAGAGGAGUGGACAGCAGCUGAUUGAGAUACAUCCCCAUCUGCAGACAGCACUGCCACUGACAGAAGAUGUGAGCUGUGUCUAAGUCCAGUCUCGUGCCCGGCCGCGUCUGCUCCUUCACUCUUUGGAACUCUUCAUACAACAUCCUAGCACCAUCCUCCCGCAGAUCUUCCUUAUCUAGACAAAGAAACAACCCAAGGGCAGUAUUUCCAAAAACACUGUAUAGCCUGUAAUUUUCUCUCUAUAUAGAACUUUGAAUUCCAUAAGGAAAAAAAAAUUAGUUUAAAUAACCAAACUGCUUUUCUCUUCUGGCUCUUUACUAUUUUCACGUCAAUGUAAAAGCCUUGCUGUAUAAACUGAAAUAUUUAUACUGAAAUGCCUUUUUAAUGACAACCUAACUUUACUCAACCCCAAAUUAUUUAUUUUUCCUUAAAACAGUAUCUCUUCCCCUGGUCUACCACCUGACCUUAAACACAUCUGCAUCUGAACUCUCCAAGCCCUAAAUCUGUCUCUCUGAAAAAUACAAAUUACUAUUAAAUAUCAUUCUCCUCA